AUGGCACCUGAUAACCUGAAGGACCUUUUGCUCGGCAAUCAGACGGAUGCGGAAUUCGAACAGAAUAUCGCCGAAUUCGAACGACUCGCGGCUUACAUUGAAACAGAAAACGCUGACGUCGACGUUGAGACAAAACCCGCUGAACUACCUGGACAAAUGCAGAAGAUCCGAAAUGAUCAGGUCAUGAAUAUGGCUGGUGGUUAUGUGUUUCAAGUGAACGAUUUGAAUCGUAUUCGACGAUUUUUGAUUUUGGGUACUGAAGGAGGUACGUACUAUGCGACUGAAAAGGAGUUGACAAUGGAUAAUGUGAAAGCAAUGUGCGAAAUUAUUGAGAAAGGUUUGAUUUUAGUGUUUGUUGUUGGUGGUUGUCGUUAA